ACACAGUCAGACGCGUGCACACACACAAACACGCAGUCGGGCACAAAUCUGUGUUUGGAAAUUCUUGUUUGGUCUUGAGAAGUGUGUUAAAGGGCAUCUGCAGAUACAGCUUUGUAGGAUCAUCCCUUCAAGAAGGAGUCAUCACCAAAUCCAAAGUCAUGUGGUCCGUCCUGGCCUUGCUGCUUGCCCUCUCUGGUGGAGCCAUGUCUCUGGACAAACUGAACAUGUGCAUGGAUGCAAAACAUCACAAAACAGAGCCUGGCCCUGAGGGACAACUGUACCAGCAGUGCUCUCCAUGGCGAGAUAAUGCAUGCUGCACAGCCAACACCUCUGCAGAAGCCCAUGACGAUGCCUCCUAUCUCUACAACUUCAACUGGAAUCACUGUGGCAGUAUGAGCAAGGAGUGCAAAAAACAUUUCAUCCAGGACACUUGUUUUUAUGAGUGCUCACCACACUUGGGACCCUGGAUACAACCAGUGGAUCAGAGCUGGCGUAAGGAGCGCAUCUUAGAUGUGCCUUUAUGUAAGGAGGACUGUGAAACCUGGUGGGAAGACUGCAAGAAUGAUUUCACCUGCAAAACUAACUGGCACAAGGGAUGGGACUGGAGCUCAGGUAUCAACAAAUGUCCUGAAGGUAGCAAGUGCAGUAAGUGGACUGAUGUUUUUCCCACACCCAAAUCCAUGUGUGAAGAAAUCUGGUCCAACUCUUACAUCUAUACCACAUACACCAAAACCUCUGGGAAAUGCAUGCAGCUCUGGUUCACCGGCACAAACCCCAACAAGAAGGUUGCUGAGUACUACCUCAACAAUGGGCAGCAACAGCAAAGCUCUGCUCUGCCAACACUGCUCUUCCUGGCUGUCACAUCUCUCUCUCUGUAAUGAUUCAUUAAAAUUAAUAUUUCUGACCAUUGCUGUAUCACCUUGAAUUAAAACAGAUUUCUUAAA